AUGUCCGACUACCACAACCCGCUUUCGGUGAUCAUCCCCAACAGCUUCCCCUCGCAGCACGAUUAUCCAACAGAGGUCAUAGCCCAGCGCUUUCAAGCCUACCGCUACAUCGUCAAGGACUUGGUGACAUAUCUCCGGCAGUAUGCCUCCGUCCAAGAGGAGAUCGUCAGACAGCAAGUGAGGCUCCAGCUGGCGGCUGGCUCGGCCCCGCUGUCCAUCUCGGGUUCGUCCGGCUCACGGGCCACCUCCUCCCAUGGCAAAACAGCCGAUAAGGAGGCCAAGGACGAGCUCUCGCUCAUAAACCACUACUUCUUGCCCAUUGGCAAUGGCUCCAUCCAGGAUAUCCCCACCAUAUUGACCAAGUUUCAUCAACAAAACGUGCAGAACGGUAACAAGACCUUGAAAGAGAUUAACCAGGUAAUCAUUCCCAAAUUGGAAGACUUGCGCAAGGACUUGCUAGUCAAAAUCAAGGAAAUCAAAAACUUACAGAAUGAUUUCAAGAACUCCUUGGCCAAGGAGAUCAACGAGACGAAAACCUUGCUUAAUCAGUUCAAUCACGCCACCGAUGUGGCUAACCACUUGGAAUUGUUGAAUUCGUCUGGUGAUUCUCACCACGACGGUGCUCACGAUGUGGAUAGCGUUAAAAACGACCCUUACUUGGUUAAACUCAAGUUGGACCGCCAGUUGAAGAGACAAUUGGCUGAAGAGGGCUACCUUUACGAUGCCUACAAAAAUUUGCAGACCUCAAGUGAAAAGUUGGAGUCCAUAGUGGUUUUGGAGAUCCAGAACUACUUCCGCAUGUUCUUGGGAUUGAUCGAAACUGAACACUCUACUUUGCCUAACUUCUUGGUGCCCAGCUUGACAAACGGUUUCUUGGCAAAGGAAGCAAAUUUCGAGUGGGAUUCAUUUAUCGAGAGAAACUUGCCCAAGGCCUCCAACAUAUCCAACAGUUUGGUGUCUGGCAAGUUUAUCGAUCUCACCUUCCCUUCGAGAAAGGUCUCUGAUUUGAACAUUCCACAUUACGACUCGCUAGUCAAUGUUGCUGUCAGAGAAGGCACGUUGGAAAGAAGAUCCAAGUUCUUGAAAUCAUACUCUAGUGGCUGGUAUGUCUUGACAUGUAGCUACAUACAUGAGUUCAAGACUCCCGACAGAAGAAAAGACAACACUCCGGUUAUGUCAUUGUCGUUGGACUUCUGCCUGGUGAGCGAGCAUUCCAAGAAUGAUGGUAAACUGAGUGGUGCCUACAAGUUUGUAUUGUACUCCAAGCUGCAGAAUGGAUUAAUCCACAGAGGCCACAACUGGGUUUUCCGAUGUGACACCUAUCAAAGCAUGAUAGAGUGGUACAAUGACAUCAAAACGUUGACCUCAUUGGCAUCUCCUGCUGCAAGAGCUAAAGCAAUGAGCAAGAAAUUGCAAGCAAACAACCUGGCUUUGGACAAGAGGGUUUCUCGUGCAUCCAGUAUCUUAUCUGCUGGAGCAAGGUCAUCCAAGUCGAAUGGAACUUCAACCUCGAAGAUCCAGAACAGAUUGAGCCCCAAGAUUAGCAAUGCCACCUCAAGGUCCGUUGCACCAUCCCACACACAAUCCAUCACUUCCACACAGAAUCCAAGACUAUCGUCGACAUUCUCGCAGAAGUUUCAACAGUCUCCCAAGUUAUCUAACUUGAUCAACAGUGACGGAACUAUUGUUACGCCAAUUGAAACACAAGCUGAUGAUACCUACGAUGAGGUUGACCAGAAUGGAGAUGUUACCGUCACGACUCAAAAGUCUGAGCAGAUCAAUCAGGCAUCUGCCCCUCCAGCCCAGUCUGGGUCUUAUCUUACUCCACUUGCAUUCCCUGUUGGACAGGGAUUCCAGAACCAAGUGACACCUCAGCAAAGUGUUCCUCAAAACUAUCAGUACUACGUGAACCAAGUGACCCCGCAGCCACAACAGUUCUAUGAUCCUGUACUGCAGCAAUUCUUCACGAUUAAUGCAAUUCCAGCGCUGCAAGUUAGCCUGUUGAAUCCCGGAGAAGGUGCCCCUCAAGUGAAUGGUGUGACUCAAGGUCAGAAUGUGCCAGGCGACCAGCCCAAGCCACAAUACUUUCCUUCGUCGCCCCAACCUAACAAUGGUGCACAAUACUUUGCAGCAUCGCCUAACCUCCAGCCACAGGUGGCCCCCAAGUCGCCCCGCCUGAAUCAAGGCCACUUCAUUCCAGUGCAAAACGAUGGCGUCAUGCAAUACAAUCAAUUCAUUCCACACUUUCCUCAGCAGUUCAACGAGGGAGUGACAGGAGGCCCACCAUACCCCGUGCUGCUCGGCGAAAACCUUGUGUCAUCUCGACAGGGAUCUAAUGCUUCCCGCAACGGCGAUGGAGUGUCAUAUUCUUCCGAGAUCCCUAACCCCACGAUUAGUGAGAACGUAGACAAAGCCAAGUCUCUGACUACGUUAGAUGAGCAAGUAUCCAAGUUGACCAUGACGGAUGAGAAUGCCUCCUGA